UGUGACAUUUUCUAGUCGAUGCUAAUCGAGUAGGUGACUUGUUCAUGAAUGUUUUGUUUUGCUUCGUGCGCUAUGUUCAAAUAAUUUAGUGCGUUGUAAUUAUCCCGAUAAAUUGGCUUUUUGGCUCGUUUCGGAGUGACUUAAAAGGUGUAGUGCGGAAAUGCCAACGAUAAUCGCUUUGGAUGUUUCGCUGUCUAUGACGCGAGCCGUUCCUGCUCCAGGUGGUAAUUCAGUCGCCGCAUCUGGAGCCAGUGGCGAGGAAAGCUUAACUUAUCAUCAGCUAGCGAUUCAAGGCGUUAAUACUAUUCUUGAUUACUUGGCUAAACAUUCGCGACUAGAAUUCGUUUCAUUGAUCAUCUACUCCUCCCUGUACGAGGUGGUAGUCGAUUUCACCCGUGACUAUGAGUCGAUUCGGCAGGCUCUACACAAGAUCGAACACUACGACAAAACUAGUCUCGAGAGUGUGCUGGUAGCGGUGAACAACAUGUUCAAGACCCACUGGGGAAACCACAACUAUUGUCAGAUCAUUUUCCUCACCGACUGUGGAAUCGGAAUGGGUCCGAGCUCGCUGAAAAAUACGAUCAUCAAUCUGCAGAACUAUAAAGCCCAGAGCAGCAGUACAGGGGUGAAGGUACCGUUGUCGGAGAAUCACUGGGUUGGGUUUUCAUACCCCAGUAAACUGACUUUCAUGUGCUUCGGAAACAUUACCGACACGGCGUUCAAGUUCGGAACAAAGUUGUAUCAACAGCUACUGGACGUAAGCGGUCAGAAUGGUCAAAUUUUUAUUCCUAAGUUAAAAAACCUAUCGAUUGAGGAUCCAAUCGGUGAGGAUACCGACGAAAAUAGCAAACAGCUGAACCGAAAAUGUAUUCAGGAACUGUUCGAACGUAUGUGCGAGCAGAACUACAAACAGUUUGAAGCCACACUUCGGUGUGGUGGAUACUUCCGGUUGGAAGGAGCCAUCUCAAUAUGGCCAGCACCAUUGCCCUAUACAUCGAAGGACCUUUUCGGGGCGGAAACGACUACCCUUAUCUCUCGAAAGCUGGAAGUAUGUGGUUUCAUUAGUCUCGCUGACAUCGGUUCUCCGAUGUCGGUGUCUCGCCAUCUGAUCCUGCCCCGCAGCGAGGGGGACAAACGCAUCCUGUCGAAGGAUAGUAAUUUAACCGCGGAGGAAAAGUUGGAGAAUGAUAUCAAAGCAUUUUACGCUAAACCCGAUAGUGCUGGUUCUGCCGGCGGUGCAGACAACGAUGACGAUACUGGUCCUGGGGGUGAUGCAACACGUGAAUCGGUAUGUGUUAUGCUGCAUGGAGCUCUGAAAGUUGAAAACAUGGCUGCGUUGGUACUGCUGAAUGACAAUUGGUAUGGCUUCAUCUACUCGUACGCGGAUAGCAAAAAGAAGUCUAAUCUGAUGCUGAAUGUUCUUCCACCCGGGAACGACGUUAUUCCAUGGUUGGGUGAUUUUCGAUUCCUGGGCAAUGCUGACGACGCCUUUUCGGGCGAGAAUCCAAGCUUUCCGAUUAAGGCGGACAAACGAAGUUACUCGCAGAAUAUCGUGGUAUGGAUCAGACAGGCUGGACUCCAAUCGGACAUUCAAAAGGUUCUACGGCAUGCUAAGAAGCUUCCGGAGAAAACUCAACACUUCUACAAAGAACUGAAUCGGAUCCGCAGGGCUGCCUUGUCGCUGGGAUUCGUUGAAUUGCUGGAAGGAUUGGCGCACAUAUUCGAACGGGAAGUGGCUACUCUGGGGGGUAGUGCUAGUCCCGAUUGCAGCAUUCAGUUGAAACAUGCAGCGAAUGAGCUACGCAAGCCAAACAACCGGGACCUGAAGGCGAUAAUACAAGCGAUGCCGACAAAGUAUAAUCAGAUUGCCUGAGACUGGUAGAAAUAGAAGCAAUGCAGUAAUUGCGAAUCGA